AUACAAUCCAGCGACCUGAAGUUGUCAGCACCUUCAAAUAUCGUCCCCGUCACCAGGCCUAGCAAAUUUGAAGCGGGCCUUCCCCCUCUAACUCACGGCACCAACAUGGCCAAGAAGAGAAAGGUUUCCCGGGCCUCAGGGCCAUCCGGCCCCAAAGAUGUCGACCCCUCAGAGGCACGCCUUGCCAUUCGCAGUUACGAAGACGUCGCCGACGACCAGGAGCAGUAUUUCCUUGACAAGGAUAAGAUAAUGCUCGAGGAUGAGCCAUCAUCCAAGCGCAUGAGGACGCAAGACCGGCUGGACGAGUUCCUCGAGCCUUCUGAUGAGGAGGUUUUCGAUGACCACAGCGAUUCCGAGUCCGAUGUCGAGGCCGAAUACAAGCAACUCCAAAAGGCCGUCAAGAAGCAGACCAAAAAGAACAAGAAGAAGGCGGCGGAAGAAGAGGAACAGUCCGGCGACGAGGAGGGCGACGACGGCUGGUGGGGCGACUCCAAGAAAGAAUACUACAAUGCCGACGCUAUCGAGACUGAGGCGGACGCUCUUGCUGAAGAGCAGGAAGCCAAGCGACUACAAAAGAAGAAGUUGGCGGAGAUGGACGAGGCUGAUUUCAUCUUCGACGAGGAUGAAUGGGCAGCACCAGCCGAAGAGACCGAGGAGGGCGCCGACGUCGUCACGGAAGAGCUGAAGGAUAUCGAGGUUACAGAUGACAUGGACACGAACGAAAGGUACCGGAUCUUACAAGCGAGAUACCCUGAGUUCGUACCACUCGUUGAAGAGUUCGAGAAAUUGCAGCCACAGCUCGUCCAAUUACAAAAGGAGGCCGACGGCAAGCCCGCCCAAUCGCUAGAGGUGGUCAAGCACUGGAUAUUGGGCUGCUAUGUCGCGUCCCUCGCCAGCUACUUCGCCAUUCUGACGUCGCCUGCAAGAGAAGCAGGCGCGCCAACAGUUUCCCUCAGCCCAGCAGAGCUCCGAGACCACGAGGUCAUGGAAACGUUGGUGAGCUGCCGGGAGGCAUGGCAGAAGGUCAGAGACCUCAAGCCGGCCAAGGCCACAAGCGAGGAGCCAGAGAUGGUUUCAGCCGAAGAGGACAUCUCGAUGGGUGAAGAAGAUGUCAAACCCGUCAAGAAAUCUAAGCUGGCCGCGAAGGCCGAUGCCGAACGCAAGAAGAGAAAGAAGAAGGCAGAAAAGGAGAGGCUUGCCAAGGCCAAGGAGGUCGAGGAGUCCCUUGCUGAUCUAUCUACGCUCCUCGACCAGCCCAAGAAGGCGAAGAAGGCCAAGACUAUCACGCAGAAACAAGAGGAGGACGACCAUUCCGACUUCGGCGAAGAGGAGGCUCUGGACGCACGAACGGCCGCCGACAAGGCCGCCAAGAAGAAGAGUCUGCGCUUCUACACCUCGCAGAUCGUGCAGAAGGCCAGCAAGCGCGCGGAUGCCGGUCGUGACGCAGGUGGUGAUGCGGAUAUCCCUUACCGCGAGCGUCUCAGGGACCGCAUGAUCCGCCUCAACGCGGAGGCCGAGAAGCGAGGCAAGAAGGACUCGAAGCACGGCGCAGAGCUGGGCGGCGAUGACAGCAGCGGGGACGAGGCCGUGGCCAAGGAGGUACGGGGCGGUGAGGAUGAGUACUACGACAUGAUAGCGCACCGCACCAAGUCCAAGAAGGACGACAAGGCCGCGCGCAAGGAGGCACUUGCAGCGGCCAGCGUGAGGGAUCGCGUUGUGGAGGUGGAGACGGUCGGGGCAGACGGCAAGAGGAAGAUCAACUACCAGAUAGAGAAGAACAAGGGCCUGGCACCAAAGAGGAAGAAGGAGGUGCGCAACUCGAGGGUCAAGAAGAGGAAGAAGUACGAGGACAAGCAGAAGAAGCUCAAGAGCAUGAAGGCCACGUACCAGGGAGGAGAGGGCAAGGGCGGAUACCAGGGAGAGACGACUGGUAUCAAGACUGGCCUGAUCAAGAGUGUAAAGCUAUAGAGGAUUGCACAAUUGAGCAUACUUGCAUAAUGAGUACUAGAAUUCAAUACA